AUGCUUUCCCUUUAUCCCCAUCCCUGGUUCCACCCCUCCCCUGCCCUGCUUUCCCCCCUCCCCUGCCCUGCUUCACCCCUUCCCCUUCCCUGCUUCCCCAUGCUUCGCCCCAUCCCCUUCCCUACUUCCCCCAUCAUCUUCCCUGCUUCCCCCCAUCCCCUUCCCUGCUUCCCCCAUCAUCUUCCCUGCUUUCCCCCAUCCCCCUCUCUGCUACCCCCCAUCCCCCUCCCUACUUCCCCCCAUCGCGUGCCCUGCUUCCCCCUAUCCCCUUCCUUGCUUCCCCCCAUCCCUUUCCCUGAUUCCCCCCAUCCCCUACGCUACUUCCCCCCAUCCCCUUCCCUACGUACACGCAUCCUCUUCCUUUCCCCGGAUCCCCAACCCUGCUUCUCCCCAUCCUCUUCUUUAUUCCCCCAGGCGUUGAGGCUGCUCAAGCUGCUGCGGCUGAGGCGGCUGGGGCAGGUGACGUAG